AUGGCCUUCGAUGCAAACUCGGUACCGAAAGAUUUACGCCCUCUGAAUAUAGUCCGAAACGCACCCCCGGAGGACCCUAGACUCGCCCCCGUGACCUCGUCCAGUAGGCCCAUUGAAGGGUUCUACACAAGCCCACCCCCCGAUUCAUCCUGUAGGCCAAUUGGAGGGUUCUACACAAACCCACCUGCUGAAAUUGGGGGCAGCCCGAGCACCAUGCCUGCCGUUUAUUACCCACCCACACUGCCGGAAGGACCCUUUGUACCCGUAGGGUUCAAUGACAACCCCACUCCAGGAGUCGCUGGGUGGGUUCAGCAGGUUGUGCCCGUUCUGCAGCCCCAGACGGGCCCCACCUUGAUCACUCAUCCGGCAGGGGGGUAUGGGAACAGCCCGAGGUUCAGGCCGCUGGCUGUGGCAGGUGCUUCGGAUCAUGCCAGCGAGGAUGGAGGCGGAAAUGACUCAGCAUCAGGCCGCAAGGUUAAAUUUUUGUGCAGUUUUGGCGGCAAAAUACUUCCCCGAUUGAGUGACGGUGCAUUGAGAUACGUUGGGGGACAGACCAGAAUAAUUAGUGUCAGGAGGGGCAUCAGCUUUGGCGAAUUCAUCCGGAAAAUGGCGGAUAUAUAUGCGCAGGGUGUGGCUGUUAAGUAUCAGCUGCCAGACGAGGAUCUUGAUGCGCUUGUCUCUGUUUCAUGUCCGGAUGAUCUUGAGAACAUGAUGGAUGAGUACGAGAAGUUGGUUGAGAGGUGUCCGGACGGGUCAGCUAAGCUGAGGAUAUUUCUGUUUACGCCCUUGGAGGUUGAGAACGGGGGUUUUCCAGGGGUCGGGGAUCUUCAGGAUGGCGCGCAGAGGUAUGUGGAGGCCGUGAAUGGUGUUUUGGAUGGAUUUUGCUGCCACAAUGGUAGCACCAGUCGUAUUGCGAGGAAGGAGAGUAUUGAGAGUGUUGUUUCCGGUCAGAAUUCUUCGGACCUGAGUGGUACUGAAGGUGGUGAUGGGUUAUUAAGUAAUCGCUUGGGGGAGGUUAUUGGUAUACCGUCUAGUGCUGGGUUGUCGCCCAAGGAAAAUUAUGUGAAUCCGAAUCCAGUAUCAUGCACGGAGCCUUCUUCUGCUGAAACAGGCGUUCCAGUUGUUAGUACGGUUCCCAGUACAAGUGUUAUCGCUGAGCAAGAUGUGGAGAGAUUGAUGCCUGUUAAUGUGGUGAGUUAUCCGCCAGUUUCAGCUUAUGUCCAGGCCUAUGUGGACCCUCAGCAGGAAAAUAUGAACCAUGCCCAUGUUGUUCAAAUUCCGUCCCAAAUGGGAUAUCCUGCAAACUUUUUGGGGCCCGUGAGGCCUGUUUACACUCAAACUCAACCGCCUAUCCCAGCCGGCAUUUCUCCACAACAAUUUAAUCCCACUAUGCACAUGACAAUAAAUCCAGCCUUUACGAGCACGAAUCCCAAUGCGCUACCUACUGUCAUCCAGCCACAACACAUUCGUAUGGAGCAUUUUCCCCUCGAGAGGGUUGUGCAAAUUCCUGCCGAUCAAGGAUACAGUGCACGCCCGCCGCAGAAAAAUGAAUAUGAAGAAAAUUGGGAUGGAAUCAUGAAAUGCAAACUUGGUGUUGAAUACGUUUUCCGGUGGGAUGUGGCCGUUUUCCAGCGAAAAUUGACUCAAAGCAAAUUACGGAGCCUUUCCUCUAGCGCUAAACUAUUGAUAUAA